AUGACUACCAACACUCCCUCUGAUUCUUCGGUGGAGAAAGAUGACCUGCGCAACGAGGCCCAGCAUGUCCCUAUUGACGAGAAGGGAGUAAUGCCUGAAGGAAAACACGUCGAGAAGAUCGAUGCACGAGACGGGAAUCUCGUCUAUGAUGACGCAGACGAAGAACCAGAAAUCCAUGCUCGAACCUGGGUUGCCAUCGCUGCCAUGUUCAUCUUAAAUCUGGUUCAGGUUUUUGCUCUUCAGGCCCCGCCUGCUGUUCUCGACUGGAUCGGAAAAUCCCUCGACAAUCCAGAGACUCAGACUUGGGUCCCCAAUUCACUCUCUCUUGUGCAAGCAGUCCUUGGACCGGUCAUUUCCUCCGCCUCAGACACCUUCCAAGCACGGAAAAUUCUACUUGUUGGCUCAUCGCUUGUGUCUCUAAUUGGAUCUGCCAUUGCACCUGGCUCUGGAGACAUCUACAGACUCAUUGUUGCUCAAACACUUAUUGGGGUGGGAUUUGCUUCCGUGCCUCUAGCAUAUUCCGUACCUAGUGAGAUCUUACCCCGAAGAUGGCGACCGAUGACGCAGGCGGGCAUGAAUAUCGCCGCAGCCUUGGGUGCCAUCUCAGGCCCAUUGUCCAUCGGUGCUUUGACACAAGCAGAUCCGAUUGAUGGAUGGCGGAAGUUUUACUGGAUCCAAAUGGGUCUCUGGGGAGCAACAGCUCUCGGAAUCUUUAUCGGCUACAGACCACCCAAACGACACACUCGUCUCGAUCAUCUCUCCUUCUGGCAAAAGCUAGGCCACCUCGAUCUCCCCGGAUUUGGCCUCCUCACCGCCGGCUUGUCACUCUUCCUCACGGGCUUGAACCUCGGAGGCGGACUAUACAGCUGGACCAACUCACGCACGCUGACGACGCUCGUAAUCGGCAUCAUCAUUCUCAUUGCCUUUGGAAUCUACGAGUGGAAAGGCACCCGCACGGGUAUUUUGCAUCAUGACCUCUUCCGAGGAGGCAAGGCUGCAGGACGCACCUUCGCCAUUUGCGUCGGCCUCAUCUUCAUCGAAGGCAUCAUGCUCUUCUCCUACAUUAUCUUUUAUCCCGUCAUGACAUCCUCGCUCUUCGAACAAGACCCGUUCCUCCUCGCCGCUCGCGCCCAACCUUUCUGGAUAGCAGGCGGCAUCGCAACCGUGAUCUGGGGCUACUCAAGCACCCGAUUCCGCACGAUUCGCGAACCUCUGUUCCUCGGCUACCUGAUCUUCACGGUCGGCAUCAUCGGCUUCGCCACGAUCCAGCCUGACGACGACUUCAACGCACUCGCCUUUGCAGCCGUAGCGGGCUUUGGCUUCGGAUCCCCCUUAAUCCUGAUCAUCACGGGUGUCCAACUCUCAACACCACACGCACUCAUCGCCACCGCAACCGCUGUGACAACCUCUUCCCGCGCCGUCGCCGCCACAGUCUUCACCGCAAUCUACGCCGCCGCCUUCAACACACAACUCGAAACCAACCUGCCCAACGACGUGGGCAAAGCGGCCCUCGGCGCCGGAUUGCCCGCCUCUUCGCUCGAAGCUUUCGUCGGCGCCCUCGCGUCCGGUGACACAGACAGCCUCGCCAAUAUCCCCGGCGUGACGCCGACGAUUAUCAACCUGGGCGUUGCAGCGCUGAGACACGCCUUCGCCGACUCCGUGCGCGUCGUGUAUAUUAUUGCCGCCCCCUUCGGCGCGCUCGCCUGUGUGGCGUGCUGUUUCCUGGGCGAUCUGAGAAAGACGAUGAAUUACUUUGUCGAUGCUCCCGUGGAGGAUCUCCAUGCGAAACACCGUCAUGGGCAUGGGCAUCAGCAUCAGGGUGAACAGGCGGCAUGA